AUGGCCGACGUUGAAGAACCAGUUGCCGAAGAAACCUUCGAGGAAGAGCCUGCCGUAGAGGAAGAGGAUGAAGAGUAUGUAAAUGUUGGUGGUGCCACUGAGGUCAAGCUUUUCGGAAAGUGGUCAUUUGAUGAUAUCGAAAUUCGCGACAUUUCUUUGGAGGAUUACAUCGCAUGCAAGGGGGAUCACGCUGUUUAUCUGCCCCACACCGCCGGACGGUACCAACAAAAAAGAUUCCGAAAGGCAUCUUGUCCAAUCAUCGAACGUCUUGUCUGUUGCUUGAUGCGCAAGGGCCGAAAUAGCGGAAAGAAACUCAUGGCUUGCCGAAUUGUCCAACACACCUUGGAAAUCAUUCACCUUCUCACUGACCAAAAUCCAAUUCAAGUUGUUGUUGAUGCGAUCAUCAACUCUGGACCACGAGAAGAUUCUACACGUGUUGGUGGAGCCGGUGUUGUUCGUCGUCAAGCGGUUGACAUGUCCCCCUUCCGCCGUGUGAACUAUGCUCUUUACCUACUUGCCACUGGAGCGAGAGAGGCUUCCUUCCGUAACUUGAAGACCAUGGCUGAAUGUUUGGCAGAGGAAUUGAUUAAUGCUGCGAGAGGGUCUUCCAACUCUUAUGCCAUCAAGAAAAAGGACGAGAUUGAACGUGUCUCUAAAUCUAACCGUUAA